AUGGGCGACAGUUUCUUGCACCUGGGGGACAUCGUGUCCCUCUAUGCGGAGGGCUCUGUGGCAGGAUUCCUCAGUACCUUAGGGUUGGUAGAUGACAGGUGCGUUGUUUGCCCUGAGGCAGGCGACCUGACUGAUCCACCCAAAAAGUUCCGGGAUUGCCUGUUCAAGAUAUGCCCUAUGAAUCGCUACUCCGCUCAAAAGCAAUUCUGGAAUACAGCCAAGCAAUCUGCUAAUGCAAAUGCAGACACGGACACCGGACUGUUGAAGCGGUUACACCAUGCCGCUGAGAUUGAAAAAAAGCAGAACGAGAUGGAGAACAAAAAACUUUUAGGGACAGUAGUACAAUAUGGCAGCGUCAUGCAACUACUGCACGUAAAGUCUAACAAAUAUUUAACUGUAAACAAAAGAUUGCCCGCGUUGUUAGAAAAGAACGCGAUGCGAGUACACUUAGACGCGAACGGUAAUGAAGGCUCGUGGUUCUAUGUAAUACCUUUUUACAAACUGCGGUCGACUGGGGACAAUGUGGUGGUUGGGGAUAAAGUUAUACUAAAUCCGGUGAAUGCAGGACAACAGGUUCUACACGUAUCAUCUAAUCACGAGCUACCAGAUAAUGUUGGUUGUAUGGAGGUAAAUGUAGUAAACUCCUCAACAUCAUGGAAGGUGACUCUAUUCCUGGAGCACAAAGAGAACCAAGAGGAGAUGCUGAAGGGCGGCGAUGUGGUGCGGCUGUUCCACGCGGAGCAGGAGAAGUUCCUCACCAUGGACGAGUACCGGCGGCGCCAGCACGUGUUCCUGCGCACCACCGGCCGCAGCAGCGCCACCGCUGCUACCAGCAGCAAGGCCUUGUGGGAGAUUGAGGUGGUCCAACACGACCCGUGCCGAGGCGGCGCCGGCCACUGGAACUCGAUAUUUCGCUUCAAACAUCUUGCUACAGGCCACUACUUAGCCGCGGAAGCUUGUAUUAAACAAACAGAGGGUAUAACAGAGUGUGAAGUUGAAGGAGAAGAACCAGCUUAUCAACUUGUAUCGGUUCCACAUUCUUCGGAGAUAGCGACACUGUUCGAGCUAGAUCCCACUACUAUGACGCACUCUGAUGCUCCUGUACCGCAGAGUAGCUAUGUCAGAUUACAACACUUAUGCACGCACACGUGGGUGCACUCCACAUCGAUACCUAUUGACAAGGAAGAAGAAAAACCUGUCAUGUCUAAGGUGGGUUGUUCAGUAAUAAAGGAAGAUAAAGAAGCCUUCGCACUAAUAUCAGUAUCACCCAGCGAAGUGAGAGACUUGGACUUCGCAAACGACGCGUGCAAAGUGCUCUCUGCGCUAUCUACUAAACUGCACCAUGGGAACAUCGAGCACAAUGAGAUGAAGGCACUAACCAGUCUUCUCCAAGACAUAGUGUACUUCAUAGCGGGCUUCGAGAACGAGCCCAACAAGUCCAAAGCACUAGACCUGGUGGUAGAGAACCCUAAUCGCGACAGACAGAAGCUAUUACGAGAACAGUAUAUAUUGAGACAACUCUUCAAAAUAUUACAGGGUCCCUUUCAAGAGUCACCAGAGGGAGAGGCAUUCCUAAAGAUAGAAGAGCUGUAUGAUCCUCGCUAUGCUCCAUACAAAUUUAUCUUCCGUCUCUGUUACCGGAUAUUGAGACUUAGCCAACAGGACUAUCGGAAAAAUCAGGAAUACAUCGCAAAACACUUUGGCUUUAUGCAAAAACAAAUCGGAUAUGACAUUCUAGCAGAAGACACAAUAACAGCUUUGUUACACAAUAAUAGAAAACUACUGGAGAAGCACAUCACUGCAUCAGAGAUUGAAACGUUUGUUGGCCUCGUCCGCAAGAAUAUGAAGACCUGGCAGUCCCGGUUCCUGGACUACUUGAGCGAUCUCUGCAUCUCCAACAAGAAAGCUAUCGCCGUAACGCAAGAGCUCAUAUGUAAGAGUGUGCUGUGCGCUAACAACGCUGACAUACUCAUAGAAACUAGAUUGGCAUCAACAAAAUACAAGCAUGAAAAUGUCCUAGAUGCGUCAGACAUCACAUAUACCAAAGAAGAUCAGGUUAUAUUGCUCUGGAAUAAUAAAAAGUGCAACCGCGUGCUGUCGGAGCUGGCGGCGGAGGCGGCGGCGGACGCGCGCGGCGAGGCGGCCGCCAUCCUAGACUACUACCGCCACCAGCUCGACCUGUUCUCCAACAUGUGCCUCAACCGACAGUACCUCGCGCUCAACAGCCUCUCCCAGCAGCUGCACAUAGAUCUGAUACUUAAAUGUAUGUCGAACGCGUCGCUGUCGCACGAGGUGCGCGCGUCGUUCUGCCGCCUGAUGCUGCACCUGCACGUGGACCGCGACCCGCAGGAGCCCGUCACGCCCGUCAAGUACGCGCGCCUGUGGGCGGAGGUCGCCGGCACCAUACACGUGCACGACUAUCAAUGUGUAAAGGGAGGUCCAGAUGCAACAAGGGAAAAAGUGAAAGAGCAAUUCGCAUCAACAAUACGCUUCGUGGAGAACUAUCUGUGCAACGUUGUCACGAAGACCUGGUACUUCAGUGAUCACGACCAGAAUAAACUUACCUUUGAAGUGGUCAAGUUGGCUAGAGAAUUGAUAUACUUUGGAUUUUAUAGCUUCAGCGAUCUCCUAAGACUGACGAAAACAUUGCUCAGUAUCCUGGACUGUGUCACCGCCAUCGACCUGUUGAAUGAGACCAGCGCCCUCACUGGGGAGGUGGAAUCGGAAGGUGGUGUUCUCCGCAGCAUCGGGGACAUGGGCGCCGUCAUGACGUCCAUCACGCUCGGGUCUGUAGCACGCAACGUGUCGGGUGGCGGCGCGCAACGUAGCCCGUCUGCUCUCGCGCUGGCAAGGAAACACCCCCUCGUCAUGGAGACUAAACUCAAGAUCAUUGAAAUAUUGCAGUUCAUCCUAGAUGUUCGACUCGACUAUCGAAUAAGCUGCCUCCUCUCCAUAUUCAAAAAGGAGUUCGAACAAUCGGACAAAGCGGAUAGUAUUGGAAGAGCCGACGUGGAAGCUAUCGGGCUUCAAGCUGAAGGCAUAUUUAGUUGUCGAGCGAUACAGACUGUGCCUGACAACUGUCUUCCAAAAAAUGUAGAUUUGGACGGUCUAGACUUGGACGAGUGCGGGGGACGGAUGGUGUUGCGAGUGUUGCUGCAGCUUUGCUCGCAAGGCGCCUCGGCCUCGCUCGUGUCGGGGGCGUUGGCUCUUCUGUUUAGACAUUUUAGUCAGAGGCAGGAAGUUUUGGCUGCUUUUAAACAGGUACAACUGUUAGUAUCGGACGCGGAUGUGGAAUCUUACAAACAAAUCAAAGCAGAUCUAGACAUUCUACGGCAAAGCGUGGAGAAAUCUGAACUGUGGGUGUUCAACAAAGGCCGCGCCGGCGCAUUGGAUGAUCAUAGUGAUAUCAAAGGAACAGUGGGCCCGGGUGGGGCGGUUUUAGAAAGAAAUGCGUCGCUUGAUAACGUGUUGGAUACGUCUAGAACAACUAAGUAUGACCAUAUGAAUGAAUACAAGAAAAUUAAGGAGAUCCUACAACGCAUGAUCAAGUACUGCACGCAAGGCAACAGCGGCAGUGAGGGCGAGCCCACGCGCCCGCGCCGUCACGAGCAGCGGCUGCUGAGGAACAUUGGCGUACACAAUAUCAUACUGGAUUUACUUCAGGUUCCACACGACGAAGACGACGCGGCUAUGGACGAGCUUCUGGCGCUGGCGCACGAGUUCCUGCAACACUUCUGCCACGGCAACCAACAGAACCAGGCCAUACUGCACAAACACCUUGACCUGUUCCUCAAUGCUGGCAUCCGCGAAGCGCAAACGGUGUGUGCGAUAUUCGAGGAGAACGCGUCGCUGUGCGCGCACGAGGGCAACGAGAAGGUGGCGGCGCACUUCGUGCACUGCAUCGAGUCGCGCGGCCGCCGCCCCGCCUACCUGCGCUUCCUGCGCACCAUCGUGCGCGCCGGCGGGCAGCACAUCCGCCGCAGCCAGGACCUCGUCAUGCAGGAGAUGGUGAAUGCGGGAGAGGACGUAUUAGUGUUCUACAACGACAAGGUGUCUUUCAAUUAUUUCAUACAAAUGAUGCGCCAGUACAAGCUUAGCGGGGAAAUGCCAGAGGCGUUAACGUACCACAUAGAUCUAGUGAAGCUGCUAACGUGUUGCACGCUCGGCAAGAACGUGUACACGGAGAUCAAGUGCCACAGCCUGCUGCCGCUGGACGACAUCGUGGCCAUGAUCACGCACCCGGACUGCAUACCUGAAGUGAAAGAAGCGUACGUAGGUUUCCUGAACCACUGCUACAUCGACACCGAGGUUGAGAUGAAGGAGAUCUACUCCAGCAACUACAUGUGGGACCUGUUCGAGCGCUCUUUCCUGCACGACAUGCUCGCCAUCCUGCAGCCCGCCGCGCUCGCCGGUACGCCUGGCUCAUCAUCGGAAGAGCCAGUGAAGGUAUCAAACAGCGUGAAGCAGGCGUGGGUGAACUACGUGACGGACGUGCUCGUGCACACUAUAUGCACGUUCUUCAAGUCGCCCUUCAGCGACCAGAGCACUACUGUGCAGACUCGUCAGUCGAUCUUCGUGAAACUCCUGCAGACCACAUUCCGAAUCUACCAGUGUCCGUGGCUGACGCCGCCGCAGAAACUCAAUGUGGAGAAAUGUAUUAGAACGCUUAGUGAAGUUGCCAAAAGUCGCAGUAUAGCGAUACCACUAGAAUUAGAAGCAAAAAUACAAACAGUGUUCGAAAAAGCUGCCGCACUCUCCCGACAGACGAGCAAGUGGUUACUUGCCUCGAAAACUUCAAAACUAGAGAAAAUGGCUUCUCAGACAAACCUACAAAACGACAGAUCUGUAAUGGAAGGGCUUCAAGAGAUAGUGGCUCUUCUAGAAGAGCAAUUGAGGCCGUUACUCCAAGCGGAACAGUCGUUGUUAGUGGACAUACUGUACAAGCCGCACCGACUGUUCACGAGCCCCGGGGAGCUCACGCAUCCCGACACCAGUGGCAUAUUUAUAUCACGACUGAUACGUCACACGGAAAAGUUACUAGAAGAAAAAGAAGAGAAACUGUGCGUCAAGGUGCUGCGGACGCUGCGUGAGAUGAUGGCCACCGAUCCGGAAUAUGGGGAAAAGGGCAAUCAACUCCGAAACAAGCUACUAUCUCAGUACUUCGUGAACCGCAAGUCGGAGCCGCGCAUCACUCCGCCCAACGUCGCCGUCACGCACGGCCCCGGCGCCGAGUCUGUUCCGCUCCAGAUAAAGACAGCGAAGGUCCUCCCGCGCACGGGGCAGAGCCUAGCGCAGGUGCAGGCGCACCUGGACCGCGAGGGCGCGUCCGACCUGGUGGUGGAACUCGUCAUCAACAGCACCAACCGACCCGCCAUAUUCCUGGAAGCUAUACAGCUCGGAAUAGCUCUUCUCGAAGGUGGCAACCCAAUAAUACAACAUAGUAUAUUCACGAAAUUACAAAAUGGAGAAGUAUCUCAAGCGUUUUUAAAGGUGUUCUACGACAAGAUGCGCGAGGCGCAGCAGGAGAUCCGCUCAUUGGCCGUCAGCAGCACCGCGUCCGCCGCCGACAAGCGCUCCUCCGCCGCCGACAAGCAGAAACCCAACGUUGACGGCAAAGCCGCAGUGGGACCGAUGGUCGUGGGUGAGGACAUGGACGAUGAGGUGACGAGCGCGUGCGGCUCCGCCGUGCACGCUUAUUCAGACAUACACACCAUGUCCCACGGCACGACAGUACUAGAAGAAAUAAUGGCGGAGAAGAAGCGUGAAGCGGGUAACGCGGACGUGCUGCCGGCCAAGGUGGCCGUCAUGAAACCUAUUCUACGCUUCCUACAGCUGCUCUGUGAAAACCACAACCCUGAUUUACAAAACUUACUUCGUAACCAAAACAACAAAUCUAACUACAACCUGGUCUCCGAGACCCUGAUGUUCCUGGAUUGCAUCUGCGGGUCCACCACCGGUGGGCUCGGCCUGCUCGGGCUGUACAUCAAUGAGGGAAAUGUUGCCCUCAUCAACCAAACCCUGGAGACCCUUACUGAGUAUUGUCAAGGUCCGUGUCAUGAAAACCAAAACUGCAUAGCGACUCACGAAAGCAACGGACUUGACAUCAUAACGGCACUGAUCCUGAACGACAUCAACCCUCUCGGCAAGACGCGUAUGGACCUCGUGCUCGAGCUCAAGAACAACGCCUCCAAGCUCCUGCUCGCCAUCAUGGAGUCGAGGAAUGACUCUGAAAAUAAUGCCGAAAGGAUUCUAUACAACAUGAACCCUAAACAGCUGGUUGAUGUUGCGUGCUCCGCCUUCCACCAAGAGAACUCUAUGGACGCUGACUCCGACUCCGAGGACGACUCGCCCGUACAGGGCGUGUCGCCGAAGGAAGUGGGCCACAACAUCUACAUCUUGUGCCACCAGCUGGCGGCGCACAACAAGGAGCUGGCGGCGCUGGUGCGCGCGUCGCCCGCCGGCCCCGCCGCGCCCGCGCUGCAGUACUACCGAACGCACACCGCGCAGAUAGAGAUAGUCCGCACAGACCGCAGUAUGGAACAAAUAGUGUUCCCCAUUCCGGAGAUCUGCGAGUACCUGCCGGCGGACAGCAAGCACCGCGUGCUGCAGAGCGCCGAGCGCGACGACCAGGGCAGCAAGGUGGCCGACUUCUUCUCCCGGCUGGAUAACCUGUUCCAUGAGAUGAAGUGGCAGAAGAAGUUGAGAGGCCAACCAUUUUUAUUCUGGGUGUCGUCCUACAUGUCGCUGUGGAGUAACAUAUUGUUCAACUUUGCCGUUUUGAUCAACGUUAUCGUUGCUUUCUUUUAUCCAUUUCAAGAAGAAAAUCCAAAGCUGGGCCAGCACCUGUCGCUGGUGGUGUGGCUGGCGUCGGGCGCGGCGGGCGCGCUGGUGACGUGGCUGCCGCGUGGCUCGGGCGCGCGCGCGCUGCUCGCCAGCGCCAUCGUGCGCCUCAUCUUCUCCGCCGGCCCCGAGCCCACGCUGUGGACGCUUGGCAUGCUCACUAUAGUAGUGAAGGGCAUCCACCUGGUGAGCAUAAUGGGCAACCAGGGCACGCUGUCCAAGUCGACGCGCAACGUCAUCACCGACCCCGAGCUGCUCUACCACGGCGUCUACCUCGCGUUCUGCUUCCUGGGCAUAUGCUGUCAUCCGUUCUUCUUCUCUGUUCUGCUCCUAGACAUAGUGUACCGCGAAGAGACGCUGCUGAACGUGAUGCGAUCAGUAACCCGCAACGGCCGGUCCAUCCUGCUGACGGCCGUGCUGGCGCUGGUGCUGGUCUACAUGUUCUCCAUCGUAGGCUACAUGUUCUUCCGCGACCACUUCCUACUCAAUGUCGAUCGCUUGGAUGACGACGACGAUCCUCGCUACGAGUGGUCGUCGUGCACGGAGGGAACGUGCGAGGCGUCGCCGCUGUCGCCGGCCGCCAAGUACACGCGCGCGCCGCGCUUCGUGUCGGUGGGCGGCGCCCUGCGCGAGCGCUCCUGCGACUCCCUCAUCAUGUGCAUCGUCACCACCCUCAACCAGGGCCUGAGGAACGGCGGCGGCAUCGGGGAUAUACUGCGGGCGCCCGCUAGCUUUGAACCGCUGUUCGUGGCGCGCGUGGUGUACGACCUACUAUUCUUCUUCGUGGUCAUCAUCAUUGUACUAAACUUGAUCUUCGGUGUCAUCAUCGACACCUUCGCCGACCUUCGUAGCGAGAAACAACAAAAAGAACUUAUAUUGAAGAACACAUGUUUUAUAUGUGGGUUGAAUAGGUCAGCCUUCGACAACAAGACGGUCUCGUUCGAGGAGCACAUAAAGAGCGAGCACAAUAUGUGGCACUACUUAUACUUCAUGGUGCUGGUGCGAGUCAAGGACCCCACGGAGUUCACCGGGCCCGAAAGCUACGUGCACUCCAUGAUUAAGAGCAACAACUUGGAUUGGUUCCCGCGGCUGCGCGCGCUGUCGCUGGUGGGCGGCGGCGAGGGCGAGGGCGGCGAGCUGGAGCUGCGCAACCUGCAGGCGCAGCUGGAGCGCGCGCAGGCCGCCGUGCGCGCGCUCACCGACCUGCUCACCGACCUGCGCGACCAGAUGACGGAACAACGUAAACAGAAACAACGUAUUGGCUUGCUCAACUCCACUUCGGCGUACCUCCAGAACUUGCAAAUGAACUUGCCGCCU